UCCUCCUGUUUGGCUUCUGUCUCACCUAGAGCCGUCCGGUCGCCGACUGUCUCCGAGACGCUUCCUGUCCGUAACAGAAUCACCAUGAUUCUUCAGAGGCUCUUCAGGUUGACCUCUGUCAUUCAGUCUGCAGUCUCGGUCUCUUUGAGGAGGAACAUUGGUUUUACGGCAGUGGCAUUUAAUAAGGAACUUGAUCCUGUACAGAAACUCUUCGUGGACAAGAUUAGAGAAUAUAGAACUAAGCGACAGACAUCUGGAGGACCUGUUGAUGCUGGCCCAGAGUAUCAGCAAGAACUAGACAGGGAGCUUUUUAAGCUUAAGCAAAUGUAUGGUAAAGCAGACAUGAAUACGUUCCCUAACUUCACAUUUGAAGAUCCCAAGUUUGAAGUUGUCGAAAAACCACAGUCCUGAGGAAAUAAUGUAAAAUUUAUCUGGUAAUUUGUCCUAGAUUAAUUGUACAACUGAUCAGAAGUAACAGAAUAAACAUACAUUUCACAACUGUCAUAUGUUCUUUUAAUUCUGAUUUCAAAUAAAUUAUUUGGUGGUGUUGGGU